GGAGCGGCGAGCGGCGGAGGCUCCGCCAUGGCGCAGCCCGACGAGCCGCACCCGCCGGUCGUUCCCUCCUGCCCGCUGCCCAGCAAGACCUGCGAUGUGGUCCCCACCGAGAGGCCGCGCUCCUGCUGCGGCAUGGCAUUGGCCGGCCUGCGCACCGCCAAAUACCAUCUGCCCGAGUGGCACCGCCGCAACGCGGGCGUCUGCUUCGAGGCGUACACGACGGGCGAGCAGGCGGAGCGCGGCCGCGGCGAGGCCAAGCACCUGAUGAAGCAUGCGGCCGCCAGCGCGCAGCGAGCCCAGGGCUACUCCAAGGCCACGCUGGGCCAGCGGCUGCAGGACCUCCAGUUCUGGAGGGUGGAGCUGCAGAAGGAGAUCAUGGAGCUGGACGCCGAGACCAACCUGCUGGUGGCUCAGAAGCUGCGGUUGGAGCGGGCGCUCGAUGCCACCGAGGUGCCCUACUCGGUUGUCAUCGAUAACCUGGAGUGCCGGGAGCGGCGGCAGCCCCCGGACCUGGUGAUCGAUGAGGUGGAGAAGCAGCUGAUGAAGGAAGCUGAUCUGAUCCGGGAUAUCCGGGAUCUUCUGAAAAGAACCAUCAUCCAAGCUGCCACCCAGAUAAGCGCCUCCACACCGAAGACCUGGGCCCAGUUCAGCCACGACAACAUUUCCAGGGCAGAACAGGAAAAAUUGGCGUCGGUGCAGCUCCGCUCGCUGAUCAACAACAUCAUCCACGACGCGUCCGAGGACCUGCGCAUGCAGCGGGCAGCGGUCAGCGAGGCCUUCGACAGCCACUGCAGGGAGCUGGACGGCCUUGGAUUUUCUCUCCAGAUCCUGAAGGAUAUUGGGGAUGAGGAGGCCAACAUUGAGAACCUGAAAAAAGCCAUCAGGGACAAGGAAGCUUUCCUGAAGGUGGCUCAGAGCCGGCUCUACGACAGAUCCUGCAGGCCCAACGUGGAGCUCUGCAGGGAUGAGCCCCAGUUCAGGUCAGUAAAUAUACACAAUUUACACAAUUAACUCCAAUUUACGUCAUUAAUCAACUCCUCCAAGGCUCCUCUUCCAUCCCAAAGUGAUUUGGGGCCGUUUUUAAAAAUUUUUUACCUCACAACUUUUAGUUUUUUGCCUCACGACUUUCAAUUUUUUGCC